AGCGGCUCCGACAGGACGGGGUCGGGAGGGGACCGGGCGGCAGGGAGCCGGUCGCCGAGAGCCGGGGUGCGGGUUCCGGAGCAGCGCCCCCCCCCCGCUCCCCGCACCAGCCUCUGCUCCGCUCGUCGGCCGGGGCUCCCGCCUCCGAGCCCCGCCACCCGCGGCCGUCGCCGGCGCAGCCCCGAGGGCCCCUCGCCUCUGCUGCACGUGCCGCGCCCCGUCCGGCCGCCGCGAUGAGCGAGCUUAAUACCAAAACGUCCCCAGCAGCCAACCAGGCACCUGGCCCAGAGGAAAAGGGGAAGGCCAACAGUGCCAAGAAGGCUGAGGAGGAAGAGGAGAUUGAUAUUGAUCUGACAGCACCGGAAACAGAGAAGGCCGCCCUUGCCAUUCAGGGCAAGUUCCGGAGAUUCCAGAAAAGGAAAAAGGAUCCUAGCCCCUGAAUAACCAGGCUUGCCCUCCCCCCCUCUCCCUUCUCUCCCCUCCUCCACAGUUCCCACUCCUGUGUGUCCCUCUCGCCUCUUGUCGAGGCAAGUUCGACCCUUAGAUAUUAUUUUCUCUGAUCGCCCCCUCCAGCCAUCGCCGCAGUGGAAGCACGAGGAACAUGGGGAAGAUGGAGAACCCAGUUGGCAGCCACCUGCCUGAGGUGGGCCGGUUUCUCCUCGGGAUAAGCCUCCUUCGUCGGUACCUGUGCCUCGCCUGUGAGGUUGAGGGGCAAGAGGCUUUGAGGCUGAGACAGGGGCCCCCGCCAGCGUGGGAGGGAGGGGAAAGACUUCAGGGCAGGGCGCCGGGGGUCGGGGGGGCACCAGCACCGUUCUGCCAGCUACAACAUUCACACUUCAGGUAACGGGUUUUGCCGCUCACAUCCUUCUGCGCCACCGCAUCCACCCACCCUCUUAGGAGCUGGGUGACAGUGGGGACUGGAGCCCCCCCCCCUCCCAGGAGGACCGAAAUCAAGCACCUUCCACGUUAUUGCAUGCCGAGUAGAGGAGUUCCCAGGAAGGGACCCUUCAUCAUCCAGUCUGCGACCAUAAGAGGCAGAGGCAGAGCGGGUUCCGAGGGUCAAGGGCAGGGAGACGGGACUAGAGCCGAUCUGGAGAGGACAGGAGUGUGCGGGGG